AUGGCAGAAGAUCAGGCAUCUCAAUCCUGGUCUAUCGACAAAGAUGACUAUGAACUGAACGAGGUUAUUGGGAGUGGCGCUACAGCAGUGGUCCAGGCAGCCUACUGCAAGCCCCGAAAGGAGAAAGUCGCCAUCAAGCGCAUCAACCUGGAAAAAUGUCAAACAAGCAUGGAUGAACUCCUGAAAGAGAUUCAAGCAAUGAGUCAGUGCCACCACCCAAAUAUUGUGUCAUACUAUACUUCAUUUGUGGUGAAAGAUGAACUAUGGCUUGUGAUGAAGCUGCUCAGUGGUGGGUCUGUUUUGGACAUUAUUAAACAUAUCAUCUCUCGUGGUGAGCACAAGACUGGUGUCUUGGAUGAGGCCAGCAUUGCUAGUAUUCUAAAAGAGGUUCUUGAAGGGCUGGAGUAUCUUCACAAAAAUGGGCAGAUCCAUCGGGAUUUAAAAGCUGGAAAUAUUCUGCUUGGGGAGGAUGGCUCUGUGCAAAUUGCUGAUUUUGGUGUAAGUGCCUUUCUAGCAGCCGGAGGAGAUAUGACGAGGAACAAAGUUCGUAAAACCUUUGUGGGUACACCCUGCUGGAUGGCACCUGAGGUCAUGGAGCAGGUGCGUGGUUAUGACUUUAAAGCUGACAUAUGGAGUUUUGGUAUCACUGCUAUUGAGCUAGCAACCGGAGCUGCACCAUAUCACAAAUACCCACCCAUGAAGGUGCUAAUGCUUACAUUGCAGAAUGAUCCUCCUUGCCUUGAGACUGGAAUCACAGAUAAGGAAAUGGAUCCAGAAAAAAGACCGACAGCUGCAGAGUUAUUAAAGCACAAAUUCUUCACAAAAGCGAAGAACAAUGAGUACUUGCAGGAAAGGCUUCUUUAUAAAGGGCCAACAAUAACAGAGCGAUCAAAGAAGGUGCGUCGUGUACCAGGCUCUAGUGGCCGCCUCCAUAAAACGGAGGAUGGUGGCUGGGAGUGGAGUGAUGAUGAGCUGGACGAGGAGAGUGAGGAGGGCAAAGCUGCAGUCGCUGCUCUGAGGUCUCCCAGAGUGAAGGACGGCUCCCAGAACACGGAGAUUUUCCAGCCGCCAGCAGAUGGCACCACUGGCCUAUUACAGCCCGGUGGUCCAACUCAUGAGAGUCCUAUGAAUGCAGGACAGUCUGGAGAGGACACUCCUCCUCUGGCUCCACAGACUCCUGCAAACACUCAAAGUCCGUUACAUGUUCCCAUUUCUCAGGAUCCAAAUGCAGCAAAUGCAAGUGUUUCAAUCAGCCUUGUGCUCAGACUGAGGAAUCCCAAGAAGGAGCUGAAUGACAUCCGUUUUGAGUUUAUGCCAGGCAGAGACUCGGCUGAUGGGGUUUCCCAGGAGCUGGUUUCUGCUGGACUAGUUGAUGGAAAGGAUGUAGUGAUUGUUGCUGCCAAUUUGCAAAAGAUUGUUGAUGAUCCUCACGGCAACAAAAAUGUGACAUUCAAGUUGGCCUCUGGUGUGGAAGAGUCUGAGAUCCCGGAUGACAUUAAACUCAUUGGAUUCGCACAGCUCAGCAUCAGUUAA